GGUUUGUCGUACUUUCCUACUGUGAAAGCGCCGUAAAUAGACCAACACGCUGUGAAUGGAAAAAUCAUAGUGAUGAAGAAUCUGUGAAACGUGAUGCUUCUGAUCAGGGGGAUAAACAAACGCAAAAUGACGAUCCAAUUAUAUAUUUUUAG